AUGGCAGCCAAGAACUACCUAGCCGUGAAGACCGCCAAGCGGACUCCAGUGACUCAGAGCAACAGCGAUGCGUCGCGACUCAACACGGAGAAGUAUGAGAGCAACACGAGCCUGAGCAUGGGCAGUGGGACGUCGAGCAUGCGCGAGCGCCAGCAGAAGGAGAAGGAGAGGCUGCAGAAGAGGGUUUCGACGGGAGCGAGGCUGCAUAGAGCGCCGCAGUUGGACCGAUAG